AUGUCUCCAUCCCUAAGCGAUGCAGUCAAGCUGCCCAACGGCUUGGUUUUGCCUAAUCGGCUCGUCAAGGCCGCAAUGGCAGAAACCCUCUCAACGAAAAACCAACAACCAAACCCAAGCCUAAUUGCAGCAUACGACAAAUGGGGCCAAGGCAACUGGGGUGCUCUCCUAACAGGAAACGUCCAAGUCGACAUCAACCAUCUCGGAACUCCCGACGACACUGCCUUGCCACGCGAAUAUCGCGGCAAAGAAGUUGAUGCUGACCUCCUGAUCCCGUGGAAGAAGUACGCGGAAGCUGCGCAGAAACAUGGCGCGCCGGCAAUCGUGCAGCUCAACCAUCCCGGACGACAGUCAAUGCGCGGCGCGGGAAGAAGGGGGCUCUUCGCGCCUUCGAUAGCACCCAGUGCGGUUCCUGUGAACCUGGGCAAUGGGUGGUUGGAGCGGUUGGUUAGGCCGUUCAUUUUCCCUGCACCUAGGGAGAUGACACAGGCUGAUAUCGAUCGUGUUGUGAGCUUGUUUAUGGAUGCGGCCAAGGUGAUGGCUGAUGCUGGGUUUGGGUUGAGAUUCAUGGAGCGCAUGGGUAUCUUAUUGAUCAAUUCUUGA